UUAAUAGUCGUACAUUUUUUCCAUCCAUAUCAUUUUUUGUGCACCCAAGCAGAGGGGAAAAGAAACUUCGACCCCUUAUGAAUCGCGACUGCUCUGGAGAAACCUGCGUGAUAACAGGUCGGUAAUUCUCUGAUGAAGCAUUCCUGGUGGGAUCAGUUUGACUGGUGGCUACUGCUGCUGCUGUGAAGGCAGACACGCGUCGUCCCCAAAUGGCUCCAGCAGACGAGAAUAAUACAAGUCUUUCUGAUCUGCCCCGCUCCAGCACAGCGAUUCAGAAGCGUUCUGAACAAUUAAAGCGCUGGACAGAAUCGGAGACCAAUAAGGAAUUGUCGGACUAUAAGGAAAAGAAGCGAAAAGUUGCCUUUCAGGAUGAUUGUGUUUUUCUGGCCGCCUGUGCAGCUGGCGAAAGGGAUGAAGUGCUGCGUAUGUUAACGCGAGGAUCUGAUAUCAAUACGGCCAAUGUUGAUGGGCUCACAGCUCUGCAUCAGGCUUGUAUUGACGAUCGUAUUGAUAUGGUGAUUUUUCUUGUGGAACACGGGGCGGACAUCAAUCGUGGCGAUAACGAGGGGUGGACUCCACUGCAUGCUACGGCUUCUUGUGGAUACCUGAACAUUGCAAAAUUUCUCAUAGAACAUGGCGCACGGGUGGAUAUUGUCAAUAACGAUGGAGAACUUCCCAUUGAUAUCGCAGACACUGAUGAAAUGGAGAGUUUGCUGCAAGCAGAAGUCCAUCGGCAAGGAAUCGAUGCGGAUCUCGCGAGGUCGGAGGAGGAGCAGAUAAUGCUGAAGGAUGUCAAAGAGUGGUACGGAGCCAAUUCUGCAAAAGAAAACAUUCAUCCCAAAACCGGUGCUACGCCACUACAUGUGGCCGCUGCUAAAGGAUAUCGGGAAGUGAUGCGGCUGCUACUUGACCUGGGUGUUGACAUUGACGCACGCGAUGUGGACGGUUGGACACCUUUGCACGCUGCUGCACACUGGGGUCAUCGCGAGGGAUGUCGUAUGCUGGUAGAAUAUGGAUGCGACAUGGAAGCCAGGGCGAACAUGGGCCAAUUAGCUAGUGAUCUUUGUGAAAACGACAUGGUGGCCUUCUUAGAAGAUUUGCAGAAACGUCAAAGUGCAAUGGCCAAAGAAAAGUAUGCGCAAAUGGAGUUAACAAAUCGCCCAAUUCCUGCUGCCCUACGAAAAAGAGUUACUGGGGUCGAUAAGGCCCCACUCCAGUCGAAAGAUGUUCCUAGUGAAAAAACCCAGCUCGAAUCGCUACGAAUUAAACCGAAGGAUAACAGUAGAAUCUGUGAUACGGAGAAUGUGCAGCGUGAUAUUGCGCCGAAACCAGAAACACCAACAGCAUCGCCUUAUCAGGCUAACUCCCGGUACAUCCAAUCCACAAUAACGCCUAAUAAGUUCGAAAAGCAGGAAUUAAAAAUCACGGAGCCCGUGAAACCUAUAAGCUUUUUGAAUGUCAUCCAAGAGAAACCACCACCUGAACCGAAGCCCGCUGUUUCUGUGCCAGUUCCUGCCCCAGUGACGGUGAAGCCCAUCAGUUUCCCUGUCCCUGAGGAUAUUAAGCCAAUAUCUUUCCUUCAGUCUCGUGAAUCUCAGUUUCCUCUCACAGCCAAACUUUCAACAGCUUCGGAGAAACUUAAAACUGAACCGCCUCCACUUGUCCAGCCUCUGCAGAAAGUAACACCUAUCAGUUUCCUCAAACCUACAGAUGUUGCUCCAUCGGCUUCUUCGCCACAGAAACCUGUUGCUGCUGUAGUUAGCCAGCCACCAGUUGGACAAACUGCACAGAAGGGGCUCUCUUCUCCAGCUACUGGACAAAACACUAAUAAGCCUUCCCUGCCUCAGUUGUCUUCAUUUGAAUAUAUCGAUGAUGGUCCCUCGGUGAAUUCACCGGGGCCGGCGUCUCCAGCAGCGGCUCCACAGCGGGAACGGCCAUCGCGGCGUAACACGGACUGGCCGCCGAAAUUGUCAACCACAACGGACUUUCCUAACUAUAAGGCACCAUUAACCCAUACGCAGCCUAUGCCAUCGCCUGUCAAAAAAGCCUCUUCUGAAUCUAAACCAUCUAUUGAAAUAACCACCGUUUCAGCAUCUGGAUCAAAAGCGGGAAUUUCUUCGCCCUCGCCGGGCUUUUUCGCCGGUAAUGUCGGCGACACUGAAGUGUCUAGCACUGCCACUGUUAGAAGGUCGUUUCAAGCUCCCAGUCGCGAUGAGGAAUCAGAAGCUCAGCGCAAAGCGCAUGCCAAACGAGUAAGGGAAACAAGGCGCUCCACACAGGGCGUAUCCGCGGAAGAUCUCAAAGCAGCGGAUGCACAAGCUAAACAACAGCAGGCAGAUGAUAAUUACGCUAAAGCACGUGAGACGACCAGUAGAAAUGAGGAGAAAGAGAAUGAUGCUAGGAGAUCUUCGGUUUUGAAGCUUUUAACUAUCCCUGGCGCAUCCGGUGGAACGGAGAUAGAGUCGCCCAAGAAGCUGAUUCCCGCUAGUCCAGAGGCUAUUAUUACGCUACCUUUGAGGAAAACGAAGACGGAUGAAGAUAUGGAUGAUCAGAAAAACUCACGGCGGCGUCGACCAAAGCGUCGAUCAACUGGUGUCGUCAACAUCGAUAUGGAGGAAGAGGAAGGCUCAGCGUCUGGGACAGACAUUACUGAUUUAAAUUCAAAAACAGACUCAGGUCUCCCAAAUGGACGCCCGCCGCACGAAAGUAACGGAUCACAGGGUACGGCUACUGGUACUGACCGUUCAUAUACGCGAUCCAAAUAUGAAAGCAGCACUCCCGAGAAAAGUCCCGCUCCAGUCCCGAGUUACCGAUCCAGUAGAGCUAGUUCUAUUAGCUCUUUGACCAGUGAGAAAGACGUGGAAAGCACUAACCAAGACUGGAAGAAGAUGUACGAACAAGAGAAACUGGAGAACGAAAAGCUAAGGAAAAAAUUAACAGACGUGGAGAAAGAACUUUCGGAUGUCAAAACCGAUACCCUUAAGCAUUCUAAUGUAAAUCGGCCUAACGCUUUAUCGGAAACUGAAAAGCGGGAACGAAGAGCAAUGGAGCGGAAGAUUGCCGAGAUGGAAGAAGAACUAAAGGAAUUAGAGACACUCCGAGCCGACAACCAAAGGCUAAAAGAAGAAAAUGGCGCUCUCAUUCGAGUCAUAAGCAAGUUGUCCAAAUAACGUUUCGGUUGAUGGGAUUUGGGAUGGAUUGUGGUUCUUACUUCGUGUGAAACUUUCGAAUGCCUUUUCCGGAAGAAGUUUUUAUUGUGCCAAGAGGUAUAAUCAAGCAGAUUUGCGGUUGGCGUCUUCUGUGCUCACCUAUCCAGAUGAAUUCAAUGGCCUUCGAUUUGUGUUUUUCUUUUUUUGAUUUAUUUUACCUAUCCAUUAAUUGUGGCAUAACCGCCGUUAAGUCCAUUUGGAUGAUUGGAUCUGCCCAUCAGUUUGUAUACCAUUUCAGUGCCUUGUUACCUGAACCAUCCGCUGUACAAAGCUGUAUUUUUCUCGGUUGGGCUCUGGGUUGGAGUUGGAGAGCUGUUAGUUCGAUAUGUUUUUCUUACCGCAGAGCUUUUACAUCUGCACUAAAAUUUUUAAGUUUUUAUCAGUUAUUUUUUAUUUAACGUCAGCUCGGUGGCUGAACGACUGCUGGUGGUAUUUUGAUUUUGGAGUGCCUAAAGGGAAUUUUAAUAAAAAUAAAGUCAGCGAAAGCACUA